UUUUGGUGUGUGCUAUCUAUUAGAAUUAGAAUUUUAUAUCGCUUUAAAAUACUCGACUGGUAAACCUAUUUAAAUCCAAUGAAGCAAUCCGAAGACGGCCCAGCGCCAGCCCUCCAAGUCAGAGUAGCUAUAAACCCCCAGCUUGAGCUCUUUCUUCUGCUGCUUGACACUCACUACCUUUGUGACAACGCACAAGAUUAAUUAAUUUGUCUUCCUCGUUUUCCAAGCAAAGAGGGGUUUUGAUUAAUUGCAGACCAGUUCGCACUUUUAAAACACUCAUCACAAAAUUAUCAGGGAGAAAUACAAAUUAUGAUUCAAAUCAAGAAAAAGGAUACAGCCGCGGAUGUUAAAAUAAACAUAUUCCUUAUGAAUUGUCCGAUUCUCUUAGAAUGUUCUUUUUAUUGCUAACUCCUGUCAUUGGUCCGGAAGAUCAUGUGACUGUAAAUUCAUUCCCCCAUUUCAUCGCUGUCCCCGUGAAUUCAAUAUAGGCAUACUUUAAUAAAUGCUAGCUAGCUAAAUCGUUUUAGAAUAUUUGAUUUGAUAAUAAACAAGCUGCUAUUGUGAUUAGGCAGGAAUUAAAAAAAAAAAAGAACAUAAAGAAAUAAAUACACCGAACCGUUGGAAGCCGCUAUGAACUGUACUUUUGAGCGAGAGGUUGGAUUUAUCAACAGCGAGCCUUCUUUAGCGGAAUGCCUCACAUCCUUUCCUCGUCUGGGCGACACAUUUCAAAGUUCAUCAAUCAAGCAGUCAUCGCUUGCAGAUUCAACACUGAUUCGCCAUCCCUCUGAACGAGGCAUUGCUGCUCUGAACUCUGGAAACUCAUAUCAAAGGGAAAGAGACCAAACUUCGCAAGAUGCUGAGAGAGGAGGUUUGGAUGGCAUACCCGUGGAAUAUGCCUGGAUGAAAGAGAAGAAAGCGCAUAAAAGAAAAGCAAACUCAACGACGGGGACUCUGUCCUCCGCAUCUUCAAACGAAGACAAUGAAGACUAUGCGGACAGCUACACAUGCUGUAGCCCCAUCGAUGGUUCACGACGACUAAGAACAACCUACACGAAUACUCAGCUGCUGGAAUUAGAGAAAGAGUUUCAUUAUAACAGAUACCUGUGCAGACCACGCAGAAUUGAAAUCGCGGCUUUGUUAGAUUUAACAGAGCGGCAAGUGAAAGUCUGGUUUCAGAACAGGCGCAUGAAGCAUAAAAGACAGUCGAGAUUUAAACAAGGGAAAGUAUUCGAGGAAAAACACUCUUUUGAAAAUAAUGCCGAUGAUCAGCAGAUGAUUGGGAGCCCUCGGGCUAUGUUGAACCAAGACUGCGGAGAAAACAGAAGAAGGGGACUCGCCAACAACGAUAAUGAACUGAAUGUCCCGGGUCCUUUUUCAGAAAGUUCAAAUCAUGAAGAGUUGCUGAUGACAAACGAAACCGAUUUUUCACUUACUAACCUGAAAAAUUAUCCAUCUGCUACUGACAGUCCUGAAAGUUUUAUUAUGACCACUAUGGACGAUUUGGACUCACUUUCUAUUGAACCUUUGACUAUAAAUCCACCAAAACUAUCGGUGUUUGACAAUGACCAAGAAGGCGUUCCUUGUGACACCUUUAAUUUUUUGGUUGAAAGUAUUUGCACCACGGAAUUCCAUCAAUUAUCGUUAUAAGGUUUCGAUAGAUUGUUUUGUUGUAAUAGCUUAAUCCGAGUUACAUAGCAGAUUCACCAUUGUUAAAUUACUUCUCAUCCAUGUUCAAGUGACCCUUACAAGUGCACAGCCUAUAAGGAAACAAGUGUCUAUGUGCACACUUUAAGUAAUAAUUUAACCUUGGCGAGUUUGCUGUGUAUUAUCAUUCUUGUUGCUAUCUUUCUUCUUGUACAGUGUUUCAGAAAUAAAUACUAAAGACU